AUGUCUCAUAUUGUCUCAUUGCGUAGUGCAUCAUUACGUGCACUACGGUCAAAUUCAACAACACGAAUAGUUGUUGCUGCUGCAACAAAAUCUACAACGUAUCCACAUCGAACGAAUUUACAUCAACAACAAUGUUCGUUUUCGGCAAUAUCUCAAUCGGCAACUCGAAUUUUAUCAGCGGAACAAGAUCGAUUUAAAAAACGAACACUUUCUGAUCAAACAUUCGUCAUCGAUACACCUCAUGCUAAUGUAUAUGCAUUGAAUCGAUGUCUUCAUACAAGUUCAAUUCUUUUCGAAUCAAUAAAGGUUCCAACACCAUCAUUUCCUGAAUCGGUUAAAGAUGGUACAAUUCGUUUUUUAAAAAAAGUCGGUGACAAAGUAUCUGCUGAUGAAACAAUAGCUGAAAUUGAAACCGAUAAAACAAAUUUAAGUGUUAAUGCACCGACAGGAGGUACAAUUGAAAGUUUACUUGUUAAUGAGGGAGACAAUGUGACAUCCGGUGCUCAAGUAGCUGUAAUUAAUACAAGUGGUGAUGCUGCUAAACCAACAUCAGCCGCGAAGAAAGGUUCACUUGCUAUUGAAGAUAUGGAUGGUGGUACAUUUACAAUUAGCAAUGGAGGAGUAUUUGGUUCAUUAUUUGGUACACCAAUUAUAAAUCCACCACAAUCUGCUAUUCUUGGUAUGCAUGGAGUAUUUGAUCGACCGGUAGUUGUUGGUGGCAAGAUUGAAAUUCGUCCAAUGAUGUAUGUUGCACUUACAUAUGAUCAUCGUAUAUUGGACGGUCGUGAUGCCGUUCUAUUUCUUCGAAAAAUCAAACAAUAUAUCGAGGAUUCACGUUCAAUCUUUCUCGAAUUAUAA